UUCUCCUAUUUAGUUUUCACACAGCUCCACUAUGUUCUACGGUAUACAGACAUCAUGACGAUGCUCAGGGAACGUGCUUGCAACGUGGUUGAUACCCGAGUACCUCUAUGUAUGUGCUUAUGUGCAAUUGAUGUAUUUCGAGGACGAAUACGUCACUCAGAGGCUCCUAUGUUGAGUAAUCUUGUCAAAAUUGCUGUCGCAUCCUUGCUAUCUGUAACUAUCGAGGUUGCGUACUGGCCUAAGCGUACUGGUGAGGUGUUGUUUCUACUUGAUAUCUACAAUCGUGGAUUCCGAUGUGUUUCGCUAUCGCACCAAGUAGGCAAAGUGCGUUCUGGCGGAAGGAUCGAUCCGGUAGGUCCGAUGGCAACGGUCGCUAGGGGUUAA